CACACCAUAUGAGUUCUCUAGAAGAGAGAGCCAUGAGAAAAAAAAAAUAUGACACACGUUUGAGUUAGUUACAACUGUUUUGUAUUAAAAAAACGUUUCCACUGUGCUUUCUUCAAGCUAAAAGAUUGCGACCUUUAAUGAAAGUAUCCGCCAUGAGAAUGAAUUUUCUUGCUCUGGGUUUGUCUCUGUGUCUUGUUCUUUCCAGCUUCCAUGACGUUUCUUGUCAGGAUGAUGGUGGUGCUAGUAGGCUGAGUCAUUUGGAUCUAAUUGAACGUGAAUACCAAGAUAGUGUCAAUGCUCUUCAAGGCAAGGAAGAUAAAGAUCAGUCUUCAGAUAUAGUGACUGAGAACCAGAAGAACACUACAGCGACUGAUCAGAACACUAUUUCUCUGUCUCUGUCUGAUGAAUCUGAGGGCACUACUUUCAGUGAUUCAGCUGAUAACUCAAACCAGGUUGGAGCUGUUAGUGAUGAAAGUGUUCAACGGUCGAGUCUCUCGAAUCAAAUAGAACUUGAAUUUGAAGCCCAUCUCAAUGGUCUGAACCAAGCUGGAUCUGAUGGUGCCAAGGACAGUGAAGAAUUAUCUGCUGAGAGACAGAAGAUGUUGGAAGAAAUUGAACGAGAUUUUGAAGCUGCUUCAACUAGUUUGAAACAACUAAAGACUGAUGAAGGAAAUGAUGAAGAACAAUCUGCAAAGAGACAAAGUUUGCUGGAUGAGAUCGAACGCGAAUUUGAAGCCGCUACAAAGGAUCUUGAACAACUAAAGGUUAAUGACUUCACUGGGGACAAAGAUAAUGAAGAACAAUCUGCAAAGAGAAAAAGUAUGCUUGAAGAGAUUGAACGCGAGUUUGAAGCCGCUAUUGAAGGCAUUGAAGAAAUAAAAGUUUCUGAUUCUACCGGAAGCAAGGAUGAUGAAGAACAAUCUGCAAAGAGACUAAGUAUGCUUGAAGAGAUAGAACGCGAAUUCGAAGCUGCUACAAAAGGGCUUGAACAACUCAAGGCUAAUGAUUCAACCGGGGACAAAACUGAAGAAGAACAAGAUGCAAAGAGACAGAGUAUAUUAGAAGAGAUCGAACGCGAUUUCCAAGCUGCUACAGAUAGCCUUAAGCAACUUCAAGUUGAAAGCUCCAGUGAAGACACAGAACAAACUGCAAAGAGACAAAGUAUGCUUGAAGAAAUUGAACGUGAAUUUGAAGCUGCUACACGUGAUCUUAAACAACUAAAUGAGUUCACUGAUGAUGAUCAAUCUGCAAAGAGAAAGAGUAUACUUGAAGAUAUGGAACGUGAGUUUGAAGAUGCUAUUCAAGGUCUUCAACAGAUAAAAUCUGAUGAUUCCAUAAACAAUGAAGAACAAUCUGCUAAGAGAAAGUUAAUGUUGGAAGAGAUCGAACGCGAAUUUGAAGAAGCUCAGAGUGGAAUGAAACAGAGCGGUUCCAUUACACCAGAGUUUCUUGGACUAGGACAGUCAGGUGUCUGUGGCUGUUUCAAUCAAGACAAAGCUGGUUUAAAGCAAGACGAAGUUGCUUCAAUCUCUAUAUCAACACAGUAUAGCAUAGAAGAGAUCCUCUCAGAAGAAUCUGAACUCCAGGGAACAGAGACUUCUUCUAGUCUCACUAAGUCUUUAACCCAACUAGUUGAGAGUCACAGGAAAGAAAAGGAAUCUCAUAAUGUUCUCACUUCAUCCACAAGUGAAUCAGCAGCCACAUCAGAGACUGUAGAGAGCCUUAGGGCUAAACUGAAAGAGCUUCGUGGCUUAACCGCUCGUCAGCUCGUGACACGUCAAGAUUUUGAUAAGAUUCUCGUUAUGGCUGCAACUUUCGAAGAGCUUAGCUCAGCUCCCAUCAGUUACAUUUCUAGGUUAGCUAAGUACAGAAACGUCAUCACAGAAGGACUUGAAGCUUCCGAGCGUGUCAACAUCGCAAAGGCACGAGCUACAAUGCUCAAAGAGACUGCCACUGAGAAGCAAACCUUCGUGGACGCUAACUUCGAGGAGGCUAAAAGGCUUGCUCAGAGAGGAGACGCGUUGUACAUUAAAAUCUUUGCGAUCAAGAAACUGUUGAAGAAGCUUGAAACAGAGAGAGAAGCUGUUGACGUGAAGUUUAAGGAGGUUGUGAAAGGUCUCUCUCAUCUUCUUGUUGAUGCUUCAGAGGCUUACGAGGAGUAUCAUGGAGCUGUGAGGAAGGCGAAAGAGGAGCAAGCGGCUGAGGAGUUUGCGAGAGAGGCAAUGGAGAGUGCACAGAUCAUAUGGGUUAAGUUUCUUAGUUCUCUUUAGGGAGGAGCUGAGAUUCUUGGUUGUGUUUAGAGCCAAUUUGGAGGUCUUGUUUGUUCUUGUUUUGUAUUUUGUGCUCAUGUUUUGUUUCAGACUUUGUGUGGUGGUUAUAUCAGGAGAGAGAGAUUGGAGAUAGACAAUAAAAUAAACAAUGUUCUUCAGA